UUGCGGCCAUAUUGGAGAUUUUGACAGAAGGGAAGGGAAAGCUGACUACGAGUGCCGCCCACUGCCCGAUAGGUACUGGCCGUGUCGGUUUCUCCCGCGAUUCGGCACACACCAGUAGAGACAGUGUUUUAUCGGGUUAGUUGGUUGUUUAAUCGAACGAUAGCAGACGUUUCACCUAGCAAUAAUUUGUCAUCGUCGUGCAUAUAGGUGUGAGCAAAGAGUCAAGAAGAAGCGUGGAGCAUUUUUUAACUUCAUCAACUCACAAGUUGUGUGUGUUCCUAGUUUGUCUGUCUUCGCUGCCAUCCGAAGGGAGUAUUGAUUUUCGGUGUAUGUGUCUGCCACAGAGAGUGUGAGCCAGUGCCGUGUGUGUAGCCGACGCCGUCUACCACUAACAAUUUGGUGCUUUUUGGUGCAAUUCUCUCUUUGAAUCUGUCGUUGGGAUUGUAGGCCAACCUCAAAAUGACCAAGGACAGAUUAGCAGCCCUCAAAGCUGCUCAAAGCGAAGAUGAUGACACAGGACCAGAUGAUGUGGCCGUCACUGUGGAGGCCCAGGAUGGAUACAUGGAGGCCUUCUUUGCAGAGGUGAACGAGAUACGAGAAAAUAUAGACAAGAUACAGGCAAAUGUGGAAGAAGUCAAGAAGAAACACAGUGCCAUCCUGUCGGCGCCGCAAACGGAUGAAAAGGUAAAACAAGAGCUCGAGGAUUUGAUGGCCGAUAUCAAGAAAACGGCCAAUAAAGUUCGAUCGAAGCUGAAAGUUAUCGAACAGAACAUCGAACAUGAAGAACAAACGAACAAAUCGUCUGCUGACUUGCGGAUACGCAAAACGCAGCAUUCAACCUUAUCCCGCAAAUUCGUCGAGGUUAUGACCGAAUACAACCGCACGCAAACUGAUUACCGUGAAAGAUGCAAAGGUCGCAUUCAACGCCAACUUGAAAUUACUGGGCGUACGACUACCAACGAAGAGCUAGAGGAAAUGUUGGAGCAAGGAAAUCCUGCCGUUUUCACUCAAGGCAUCAUUAUGGAGACGCAGCAGGCCCGGCAGACACUGGCCGACAUAGAAGCUCGCCACGCGGACAUUAUGAAAUUGGAGAACUCGAUCCGUGAGCUGCACGACAUGUUUAUGGAUAUGGCCAUGCUUGUUGAGAACCAGGGUGAAAUGAUCGAUCGGAUCGAAUAUAACGUAGAACACGCCGUCGACUACGUUCAGACCGCCACCCAGGACACGAAAAAGGCAUUGAAGUAUCAAAGCAAAGCCAGGCGGAAGAAGAUUAUGAUCAUGAUAUGUUUGGCCGUGUUGGGAGUCAUCUUGGCUUCUACCAUUGGAGGAUACUUUGGAUUGUAAGAAUUAAAAAAACAAAAAACCCACCACCUGUCCAAUCAAAAGCCUCAAAAGGCUUUUCAUGUCCGCCAGCCUGAAUCAGACAACGCCGAGGCAACAAAGAAAAGGCACGACCUACGUCUUCUUCGUUUCCUUCAAUAACUUUAAUCUGUUGUAAAGUAGCCAGAAAAACAAACGGCUUUUUCCUUCUUAAGCAGAAAUCGAAAAGGGCCUAACCCUCAAGUCACUCUUCAUGUUACGUUCGUUCAUCUUCGAUAUUUUAUAAUUUUGAAUCCUCUGUGUGUUAUUGGUUUUCAUUUCCAGUCACUACAAGAUAAAUUAGUAUUCGUUUUACAGCGCCAAUUCAAUGGAUUUAUUAAAAAAAAGUCUUCUGCUGCUUUGAUCAUUUCCUUUCAGUUACCUAGUCCAUUUCUAUUAGUUCAGUCGACUGGUGUUUUUGUUCGUACUCUUCAUUCUUCUUUGUCUCACACAAUCUAUCGGCCUCCUCGUUCUCCAGUCUCCCUCACACACACACACACACACACAACUGAGAAAAUUAAAAACCAAAUGACAACAUUAGUUAUAACUUUGUGUCCCUCAAAGCUGCUAAACCUGUAUUUUAUGGACAUUUUUCGUCACGCAGUAGCCUCGAUUUCAAUGGUUUUUACUUUCUUUCUCUUCCCUUUUUCUGUAAGUAUAUAAUGUUGACACAUGCAUGUGAACCAGUCAGAUGUUGAAUCAGCUCGGUACUUAUAUAAAUAUGAUGACAAUGUAUCUAUGCAUUUCCCCACACUGGAAGAAAGGGGUUUGUUAUGUUUGAAACCAAAAAAAAACAAAACAAAACAAAACAAAACAAAAUUACCAAGUAAAAGCUGCUACAAGUUGAUGACACCAACAUUUUAGGCUAAAAACUUUUUGGGUUUUCAUUAGUAGACGAUUAUUUAGUGCAUACUACCUAUUAUAAACGGUUAAUCAUUCACUUUGUAAACAAAUAAAAGUCGUCCCUAAAAUAGGUAAUUUUUUUCCAAAACUCAAAUCCCAAUUGACUUCCUACGCUGCUACUGCUGCCACAUAUUGUGGAUUCCAGUCCCCGAGUUAUACUUGUUCUUCUUUCAUUUUAUUGUUGUUUUGUUUUUCGCCACUUCAUCCAUUCUCCUGCUCUGUGUGUGUGGUAUUAAACAAAUAUAAUAAUACAGAAAAAAAAA